AUGGUCGCUGGCAGCGACGCCUUGCUGGACCACACGACCGGCAUACGAGCCAACUUUACGUCCGCGAAUGAAGGCGAACCAGUUCGACUGAACUCGGCCGGCAAAGGGGCACUUCAAUCGAACGACGGUGCGAACAAUGCUGUCACUGAAGAGAGGAUGAUGAGCGUUGGUCGGAUGUCAGCGGAAGGCCUCGGACAUACGGUUCCCGGGAUCGAAGAGUUCAUGGCAGAGCUAGUGAAGGUGGAUGACUUGCAAAAGAAAAUGUCGAGUACUGCCUCAACGGUUGAGGAAAACUGGGUGAAGUAUGCGGCUACUCGGAAAGACCCGAAACUUGUCAGGACCGCGGAGCACUGGAAAGAAGUCCUCGACGAAGCCUUCAAGAUGGAGACAGUUGCUUGGGCGACGCAUGAAAAGGAUUUGGAGAAGGUGAAGGCCGCCGUUCGCGAAUUAGAGAAGGGAGGCACGAAUCGUGAGACAGAGAUCAGGAAGGAAACCAAAGCGCGAAAGGUCAAGAGGCAGAAGAGCCCCAAUGAUCUAGAGGCGGUUGCAUGGAGAGAGAAGAAUGCGAACUGGGAGGCAGAGUCCCAUAUGAGGAAGGAUUUCAUCACACUUCUGCAAAAGCAGAUUGAAGUCCUUGAAAAGACACAGGCUAGGUCGACGAACUAUCUCAUCAACCUUUUGAAGACCAAGACGCAUCAAGUGAUUCAGAAGUACCUUGCCGAGUUUGUUAAUCUGAAACGAGAAGGUGUGACGGUGGAGGCAUACCAAAAAGAACUGCAGCUGGACCCAUCGAUAGUGAAGGAGAUGGAAUCUUGGGCAGAAGGUGUCACUGGCGCUGAUUUGUUCCGUUAUGGGCCGGCCUAUACGAAGUUUUUCUACUACAAAGUGUUUGUCAUGGGGCCGCCGGGUGCAAUUUAUAAAUUGCCUAUGCAUCCGUUUCCCAAGUCGACGAGUGCGUCCAAGUUGCGUGAAAGCAUCCUGUAG